UGAUAUAUACUUCCUUGAAUUUUAAAUAUCGGAAUAUUUUUUUCGGGAAAUUUAAAUCUCAUACAGCCUAAAGAAGCGCACGAAAAUGAUGAAUUAAGUGCUCGGAUAUUUCUUUUAAAUUCUUUACUAAGUUCGGUAAAAUUUUUAUCUGCAACAGCUAAUUCAGGUUGAAAUAAAACACGCAACUCAUUUGGAUAUUCCUGAAUCAUAUUUUCCAAAUUAAUUAAUUUUCCAUAGUUACAACAUUCCAAAAAUUUAUUUUCGCCAACGGUUUUGCUCUGUUCUUCACAAAAGUGUAAUGCGGGACAAUAAGAACAUUUUACAUUAAAAUUUGAAAGUUUAUAAAACUCGACACUUAAAACAUUUUGUAGUGCUGCAAUUAGAAAGUUUUUCUCUUUGUUUUUCCCUCUAAAUUUUCUAACAGAUUUCAAAUUUGAUAAACGUAAAGCAUUCUUUUCUUCUUCCGUCAUUUUUUCCCUUAAAAUUUUUCUUUUUCUGGUUCGCUCAUGAUUAUUUACUUCACUUAUGGUUUCUUUAUUGUCUAAAGAAUCAAUUACAAAAAUAUCUGAACCUUUUUUAAAAUUAAUCUCUUCAUAAAAAUUCGCUGUCCGCUUUUUAAGGGAGCUUUGAACCCUUUUUUCAAUCAGUCCGCUUUUUUCGGGAGCUUCGAACCCGUCUUUAGAACUUAAAUUGGAGGUUGAAGGUAAUUUCUCGUUGGGAAGUAUUUGCUUUAUUCUUACCAUAAUUGACUAAAAAUAGAUUAAUGUAAUAAUUAAAUCAAAUAAAAAUAGUAAUUAAUUAACGGAAAAAAAGACUUUUGAAAUAUGUUUAUAUUCACUAAUUUUUCUUUUAGAUUCAACAAACAACUUAUGAAAUUUUUUGCAAUAACUCUCUUUGUUUAUAUAAAAUUUAGUUUUUCUUCACUCAUCAGUAUAUUGUCUUAUUUCUUUAAAUUUUUCCAAAGUAUUUAUGUGUGGUUUGAGUAAAAAAUAUUUGACAGAAAACCAUUUGACCAAAUAGAAUUUUUUGCAUUAGAGACUUAUUACACCUAAAUUAGAGAGACUUGUUUACAUCUAAGUUGAAUUUUAAAAAAUUUUCCUUUAAUUUUUUUGACUCAAAUUUUGAUUUUCGAAAAAUAAACUGCCUGCGCCUAAAUGGCUGAAAAAAAAAGACUUAACGCGGCUUAAUGGCAGAUGCUUUGUUUUUUGUUUACGAUUAACUUUUUUGAUGAACAAUUCGAGAAAAAUAACUUUUUUCUCUCUUAUUUUUCUUUGUGUAAAAUUUUCGUUUCAAAAUAAAAACUCCUUUUCUAUUCAACCGGCCGAGAAAAUUGAACAUUACAGACCCAAAUAAUAUAUAAAAUUAUUAUUAUCAAAAAGUAAUUGGUAAAAUAAAUUAAUUUUCCCCCGCGUGUCACCUGAUAUAUUUUCGCGAAAUACAUUAAAGAAUAAGAAAAUUCAAAACAUGCACUAAAAAUUAUAAAAAUAGUUGAGGUAUUAAAUUGGAGAGAAAAUUUUGGAAUUUUUUGAAGAAAAGGAAAUUUGCUCUAGUAUUUUAUUUUGAAUAUUUUAAAUGAAUUUUUUAAUAUUAAAAUAGUGUUCGAAAUGUUUGAUUCGUUAUAAUUCGUCAUUUUUUUGAUGAAUGGCGGCGAUUAAAUUAGUUUAAAAAAUUCUCUCCCUAAAAUUUUUAUUUUUUACUGUAAAUAUGUAUGUGUUUAUUCACGUGUUCACUACUUUUUCUGGUGCAAAAAAUAACAUGCGAUACGCAAUGAAUCUUUUUUUGCACGUCGACCGACUAUUUUAAUCUGCCAAAAUAACGUUAAGGGGUGAAGGGACAGUGGUUCUUAAAAAAGAAUGCAGCAGCAAUAUAUAAAUUUUUUUUAUCUUUUUUUUUGUUUACUGUUUAUAUAAUUUUUUUGGGUAUUUUCGAAAGAAUUGUUGAUAAAAAAAGAGAAUCGGUUGUUGCUCACGGGGACAGCUGCUCAUUGAUGUGUUUAUUAGUAGAAAAAGUGGUUGUUUUUUUUUAUAAAUAUUUUGGUACAAGUAGUGCAAAUAACAAGAACGCGUUCUUUUUUUUCUAUUAUUUU